UCCUAAACAUACCUUCAAAUCAAACUCUUUGUGGAAUUGCUCGAAUCGAAAUCCUUUCCGAUUAUAUAACUUCUUACCAAAAUGGGGAAGCAUUUUGGUGAAUUGGCUAAAAUUCGAGGAUUGAUCAGCUACAAGUUGUCGCCUCAUGAACAGAGAGCGUUUGCAAAUGCUGUGUCACAUGGGAUUCCAAAUAUUUUUCGCAGAUUUCGCGAGUCCGUCUUUCGCGUAGCUCCACCAUUCAUCAUUGGAUAUCUGGUAUACGAAGGAGUUGAAAGAGAACAUCAUCGACUGGGCCGCAAAAAUCCUGCUGAUUUUGAAAAUGAUCAAUAAACAAUGUUGAAUUUUAAUUUAUUUAGUGAUAAAUUUAUUGUUUAAUAGUAUAAAAACAUAAUAACCAGAUAAUUAAAUGUGUUAAAAUCUA